AAGUGACCGGAUGUUAUUUUAACGCAUGCGCGAAUUGCUCACAACUUGGGUAUCACCCAUAGAAAGUCAGCAUUGACGUAAUUUUACAAGAUAUUUAAGGUUUAAGAGAAGUCAUGACAUCACUUUUGAUGCUGAGACGAUGAAGCGUAUCACGUUUAAGAGCGUGAAGCUGUCCUUACACCGUCGUAGGCGAAGUCCGACCGAAGAAGGGACAGGAAUAGGGGAUGGGGAAUCAACAUCUGAAUCCAACAGCCCUGGUGCUCCGGAGUCGAACUCAGAGGUGAGGAAGAAAGAGAAGUUAGGACUUUUGAAAAGUUUCAAGCGUCGUCUAACGACGAACCUCCGUCGAAAAAGUGAUGACGGCCAUGACAGCGACCACAUCGAAGCCCACUAUAUGGCUGUGCCUUCAAAACGCGACUCCAAACGACAUAAGAACAAAUGGAAACCGCCUGAUCACUCUUCCAAGUCAAACUCAUCGUCUCAUAGUUGUGAUAGCCUAGAUCUGAAUAUUACCUCAAACAGUUUUCAGAAGAUGUGUGACAUACAAAGUAACACCGACGCGUAUGACGUGAACGUCAAGAAAGACAAAGCUAGCUGUAGGACGAAAGACAUGGCUCGCUUUCAAGUGACAGACAAAAUUAAGGCAGAUCAGCUCACUAAAGCAUGUGUUGUUAAAAAUGGAAGUGUCAAAGAAGGUAACAUUUGUGUUGAUAAGGUGACUCUUCCAUACUUGGAGGGUAGAAUUGAAGUAGCUAGAUCCCCAACAUUUACUGACUGUGAUGAAGAGCGGGAGGCGCCAAAAGUUUGGAAUUUGACUCAAGAGUUAUUUCGGCUUUCAAAGUUUGGUUGGUACUGGGGUCCCAUUACUCGUGUAGAAGCAGAAGAUAAACUUGCCAAUCAACAAAACGGUGCUUUCCUGGUUCGAGAUAGUUCUGAUGAACGAUACUUGUUAAGUUUAAGUUUCAGAUCUUAUGGUCGGACUUGGCAUACACGGAUUGAACAUUGCAAUGGAAUGUUCAGCUUUUAUGCUCAACCUGAAACAGAAGGAUAUCCCUCCAUUGUGGAUUUAAUUGAACACUCAAUGAAUGACUCACAGACGGGAAUUUUUUGUUAUUCCCGAUCACGAUCCCCUGGUGCUCCAUCAUUCCCUGUGCGGCUGACAAAACCUGUUUCAAGAUUCACCCAAGUGCGCUCUCUACAGUAUUUGUGCCGUUUUGUUAUUCGCCAGUACACUCGCUAUGACCACAUUCAACAGCUUCCUCUUCCAAAGAAAAUUAAAGGAUGGAUCGAAGAAAAUCAGUACUAGAUUAAGCAUUGAAACUACAUGUAAAUCGAAAUUAAGAAUUUCCCGGUUGUCAUAUUUAAAUGUCAUUGUAAACAUAGUGUUUGUAAGAAAUAUGUGCAAAUAUAUUUGUUUAAUGGAAUUACCUCCCCUUAUAAAAUUAAUGGCUCAAUAAUUGCCUUUUUUAUAUGUAUUUAUUAUGCUAUGUAUUUUAAUAUAUUUGACAUCACAGAAUGUAAAUUACAGGUAUUACUUUUAGUUGUUGUAAGUGCAUAAUAAAUGUUUUAAAAUCUUUCACUUAAUAUAGAUUUGGAUGUCAGAAAAUCCUAUUUAUAUUUUUUCUCAUUCAACAUUUGAAUCUCUCUAUUCAAUAGUUGUUAUAUUUAAGAUCUGAUUUUUGUAAAUUUCUUUGCUGUAUGUAGAUGUUUCUUGGAUUACAACGAGUAAAACUGUGUUCCAUUUAUAAAUGGUACAAUUUCUGGAUUUCCCUCUAUACUGUAUUUGAAUUGUAUACAGGUUGGGCAAGUUGUAUGGUGUGGAUAAGUACUUGAAUGAAAAAUCUGUUUAUGAAACACAAAAUUUAGAAGAUUAAUAAUCUAAUUGACAUAUUUCAUAAUAUCAAAUUGGACAGGUACAUUCAGUUUUAUUUGACAUGUGCAUUUGAAAAUUUAAACACUUUAAUUUAUUUAGAAGUACAACUUAAAUUAAAAUGCCUAUGUACCCUGGGUAGUCUCUUUCGACACAUUGUCAUGAAUAAGCUUUAUCACACAAUGCUUUAUCGAAAUGUAAAUUUACACAAAAUUUGUAGUAUAUUGUACAUGUAUUUAUUAAUGUAAUGUGGUGCAGUAUUCUGCAAAAGAAAGUCCACAGUUAUAACACGUUAUUGUUUAUAGUGGGUUGUUUUGUUUUUUUUUGUGGACUUUUAACUACAAGUUAUUCUUACAUUGUAACAUUAAUCAAUAUUUUGUUUUUUGAUUUCGAUGCAAGAGACAGCAAUGGUUUCUACACAAGAACGCUUACUACUAGCUUUAAUUUUGAUUGGAAUUGCAAUCUGCAUUCUUGCAACAUGAUUUUGUUUCUUCUUUUUGUGUGUAAAUGUAUUGGCUUUUAUUAUUAUUAUUUUUUUUUUUUUUUUUUUACAGUUUGUUAGUUUUUUUCUACAAGCGUUACACAAGGUCAUUUUUGCAUAUAUCAAGAUUUAGGCUGUUACUGAGUUUGGGCAUUUUCAUAUACAUAGUAAGCCUUUACAUUUAGAUCUCACCUAACCCAGUUUAUGAACUUUACAAACGUAUGAUAGGUACCAGUAUACAGACAGCAAGAGUAGAAUACAAGUGUAUUUUUUUUUGUAUUUUGUUAAGUAGAACAUUCAUUUGGUAUUGUAAAUUCAGUCCAAUAUUAUCCUUGUUGAAUUUUGAUUUCUUCUCACAGAAGCUUACUGACCAUGGGCCAUCUUACUGAAUUUUUCUUAUUCUUAUCAAUACUAGUAAUUUAUAUUUAUUCUGAUUGAUCCUUCACACUUUCCUGAAGUGAAGCUUGCCAAUUAAUGGUUUUGCUUAAGCAUGCAUUUAUCAUGAUUGUUUUUAAACAACCACAUAUUUUCAUAUCAUGCUCUUUGUUUUUAUAACAUCAAAACAAAAUUCAAGAGUUCAUUUUUUCUUGGGUAGAUUGAGAAUAAUGAAUGUUUAUAAAGACAAAAAGAAGUUCAGUAAGUUGUCCAGUGGUCUCUGUGUGGGAGAUUGGAUUUCCAAUGAUGUCCAAACAGAAGUAGCUAUUCUUCAAGUUGAUUGGCAUUUACUUUUAGGCUACAUAAAAACAUAAGAACAAUAGAAUACUGUGGAAUCAUUUAAAUUCGUGGGGGCCAAUUUUCGUGGAUCAUGACUUUUUUGCUCAUUUGUGGGGAUGUAAUUUCAUGGAUGCGUCGGUUACUGUUUCAGUAACACAGAUAACUCUUUAUAAAUUUGUUUUCGUUGAGGAUUUAAAUUCGUGGGGGAGGGCUACCCACGAAUACCACGAAAAAUGAGCCACUACGAAUUAUAAUGAUUUCACAGUAAAUUAAUUAAUGGAGUUAUCCCCCUUUCCUUUCUUUCUCUGUUUAGCUAUGAUCAGUCUUUGAUGGGUUCUUUCUCUUUUAAUUUGGUACAAGUAUUUUGUAGAUUCUUUUUUGUUUAAGUGCAAUAUUUUUCACAAGAAGUACUAUGGUGCUGGAUUUUUUCAUCACUUUUAAUGUGCAAUAAUGGCUGCAUCUAUUGUAAAAACCAGUCUUUUUUAGAAUACAUAAAUUUAAAAUCAUAUUGGCAUUUCACCAGAUGUGCUCAAAUCUUCUUUACAUUGUACAUGUACAUCUUAUGACAAUGAAGUAUUAGGGAUAAGAAAAGGACUAGUAUUGUUUUAUCUUUAAUGAAAUCAUUUGUAGUGAAAAUAUGUUAAUGUUUUACAUGUAUGUUCAAAAGUAACUUUAAAAUGAACUGUUUAUUGGCAUUUAAUUUAGAUUUGAUUUUUAGUGAUGGGUUAGGAAGAGUGCUUAAUGUCUUUGUGAGACCACAGAUAGACAGACAGACAGACCACCCAAUGAACCACCCUUCAACCCCAUUCUUCAAGUGUCUCAAUGUCUGUAAUUUUGGUGGGGUCAGUCUCAGCUAUCUCCAAAUCUGAGACCCUAAUAAAGCAUUGUAUUUAUGAUAUAGCAGAUGAAACACUUUUCCCAUUUCUGACUAUGAUAUAUAUGAUAACAACCCAUGACAAAAUUGAUUGUUUCCUAUUGGUUGUAAAUUGACUUUUUACUCAUAUUAUAGAAUUGUUCUAUUAGUAGCAGAGCUGCUCUUUAAGGUUGUUUUUGUGACUUUUGUAAACUUAAAGACAUAGCACACAUUUUUGUACAUGUAUUAGCUUUGAUUUCCUCUACAGAAAUAUUCAUUCAUAUGUGUCAUCUAUCAUUCCAUAACUGAAGCUGGGCUCCUCUGGUGGUACUCAAGUCAUUCAAGUUAAAUAACUUCUGUAAGCAUUUUUUAAAGUGGUACAUAAAAUAUUUCACAUUUUUUCGUGGGAGGGGGGUUGCUUGUACACAGGGAGUGCCCAGUGACUUCACAUCUUACCUACUCUGCGUCGUUUGUUCCCAUCAGCUUGUUUUCACCAUCAGUUCAUCACUCACUAUAACUGUAGAUGUGACCAUUCUCACCUCUGUUGAUACGCAUUGUAUUUACAAAUUUGGAGACAGCUGAUUAGGUUGCUAUGAAUAAACUGCAAAUCCACAAAUGUA